UGGUGGGUGUUACCUCAAAAUGGCCGACAGUAGAACAAUAUCUGCAGCAUCUCCCAAGAGUCGAGUCCCGCCAGGGGCAAUACCAAGACAAGUUAACUUUGCACUAGGAGGGCUCGCAGGAAUGACUGCUACGGUCUUUGUACAGCCUUUGGAUCUUGUUAAGAAUAGAAUGCAAUUAAGUGGUGUUGGUUCUUCAAUGAAGGAGCAUAAAACUUCAUUGCAUGUUUUAAGUAGAAUUGUUCGAAAUGAAGGAAUAUUUGCAGUUUAUAAUGGAUUAUCUGCUGGUCUACUGAGGCAGGCCACAUACAGCACCACGAGACUGGGAGUGUUUCAAAUGUUAAUGGACAGAUAUACAAAGUCUGAUGGUAGUCCUCCUGGUAUUUUAAAGAAGAUGAUGUUUGGAGUGGUAGCAGGUGGUACUGGGGCAGUAGUGGGUACUCCUGCUGAGAUAUCUUUAAUUAGAAUGACGUCUGAUGGCCGCCUCCCCCCAGAGCAGAGGAGGGGGUACACCAGUGUCUUCAAUGCACUGUAUCGCAUCACCAGGGAAGAAGGAAUAGCAACACUGUGGAGGGGGUGUGGUCCUACAGUAGUACGUGCUAUGGUAGUUAAUGUAGCCCAAUUGACGACUUAUUCACAAGCAAAACAAUUACUAUUAGGAACAUGUAAGCCAUUGUUGUUGUUAUUAUUAUUAUUAUUAUUGUUUAUAGCAUAUUUUGUUGAUGACAUCAAGUGUCAUUUUGUCUCCAGUAUGAUCAGUGGUCUAGUAACUACAAUAGCAUCAAUGCCAGUGGAUAUCUCUAAAACAAGAAUACAAAAUAUGAAAACAAUCAAUGGUGUCCCUGAAUUCACAGGAGCUGCAGAUGUGUUGGUUAAAUUAAUACGUAAAGAAGGUUUCUUUAGUUUAUGGAAAGGAUUCACUCCGUAUUACGCUAGACUAGGUCCUCAUACAGUACUGACCUUCAUAUUCUUAGAAAAGUUCAGACUUUGGUACUACAUAUAUGCCAACCAAUGAAUGGACUCACUCCAACCUUUGCUGCAUUGGGUUUCAUUAUUCUUAUUUAAUAUUUCUCAUUUUAUAAUUGUUAUUAUUAUUAUUAUUAAUUAAAAUCAUUGGAUGAUAAUAACACAGGUCAUUCAAACAAGAGCUGUGAACUCCAUUGAUUUUCAUCAGAA